CCACUUCCUGUUUUUUCAUCUUCCUCUUUUUCCUCCUCUUCCUCUUUUUCCUCCUCUCUCACUGCUCACCGAAGACUGUGAAGAGAGUGAGCCUACCGAAGUGCCACCCGUCCAGGAUGAACAGGGUCUGGAAGCAAAGAGAUCCAUCAAGAAGAGGAUUAAACAGCUGAAGGUGCUGGACCCAAAGAUCGCCCAGAACCUCUCUAUCUUCCUGGGGUCCUUCAGGAUGCCUUACCAGGAGAUCAGACGGGCCAUCCUAGAGGUCGACGAGGAACAGCUCACUGAACCCAUGAUACAGAACUUGGUUAAACACCUUCCUGAACAGGAGCAGCUGAAUGCUUUGAUGAAGUUUCAGAACGACUACAACAGUCUGUCUGAGCCUGAGCAGUUUGGAGUGGUGAUGAGCAGUGUGAAGCGACUGCGGCCCCGUCUCAACUCCAUCCUGUUUAAGCUGCAGUUUGAUGAACAGGUCAACAACCUCCGUCCAGACAUCAUGGCUGUUAACGCAGCCUGUGAAGAGGUGAGGAAGAGCAAGGGGUUCAGCCCUGCUGGAGCUGGUUCUUCUGCUGGGCAACUACAUGAACGCAGGCUCUCAACGCACAGAGCUACGGCUUUGACCUCGGUUCCCUCUGCAAG